GCAAAUAGGUAAAAAGUGUGGAAAUGCAAAUAUGAGAGAGAGUGAGAGGGAGUAGGAAAAGGGGAACAAAAGCACCUUCAGAUAGGACCCAUAACAUGUCCUCUCAAAAGACCCCAAGAUGUGAUUUUCAUCUUUCUCCACUGCACUAACGCAUUCUUUUCUUUCACCUCUUCUUGUGUCUUAUUUCUACCUAUUCCAAUUUCCAGCCACCAUGUCUGGCGAAAUGCAUACCGAUUCCGCGUCAUCGUCACGAGCCGCCGCCGCCUCUGAUCAGCGUCAUCAGCAGCCGGCGGCGGCCCCUCUGAGCCGGUACGAAUCGCAGAAACGGCGAGACUGGAACACCUUUGGCCAGUACUUGAAGAACCAGACACCCCCAGUUUCGCUUUCACAGUGCAACUUCAACCACGUGCUUGAGUUCCUUCGCUACCUUGACCAAUUUGGGAAGACCAAGGUCCACUUGCACGGUUGUAUCUUUUUCGGGCAGCCUGACCCGCCCGCGCCCUGCACCUGUCCUCUCAGACAGGCUUGGGGGAGUCUCGAUGCGCUCAUCGGACGGCUCAGGGCUGCCUACGAAGAGCGCGGAGGCUCCCCCGAGACUAAUCCCUUUGGAAGCGGAGCUAUUCGCGUGUACCUUCGAGAAGUCAAGGAGUGUCAAGCAAAGGCCAGAGGGAUCCCAUACAUCAAGAAAAAGAAGAAGAAGAACCAACUUAAGGGCCCUCAUGAUGCUCCAAAGUCCUUCAAGCAAUUGGCCACUUGAGAUCGAUGGAUGGAUGGAUGGACUGAAAGAACGACUUACUUGGAUUGGGGAUUUAAUUUGCCAAAGUGAACGAGUAUGUCCUAAAAGUAUCAUCUCUACUGCUGCUUCGACUAAAAAUUAUCAAAGAAAAAUAUUAAUAUCCCACAUAAUUAAUACGUACGUAGUUCUGAACAUCAGAAUAAUCCUUUUGGAGCAAGUUUGUAGGCCGUCUUAAAUAUAUGUUCAAGUUCAACCUUGUAAGUUCUUAUCACAUAUUAGACCUCAUCGCCAAAAUAGAAACAGUCAGAUCGAAUGGCUAGAUUUAUAGACGUUUACUACUUCAAUUACCACUGCUAUAUAUUACUC